AUGCCGGCCACUAUAGUUCUGUGGUCAAUUGUCGGCCUCGUGCUUCUCAGGAUCCUAUAUGAACGCAUACGGGAUAGGAGUCUUCCUCCAGGCCCCCCUCGUCUUCCACUCAUUGGAAACCUCCACCAAGCGCCUACCGAUGUUCCUUGGGUGACCUACCGGAGAUGGAUCCAGCAGUAUGGACCAAUCAUCAGCGCCCAAUUCGGCGGCAAUACAGUUGUUUUCAUAGGAGAUGCCUCUAUUGCCCGAGAGCUUUUGGAGAAACGGGGACAUAUCUAUAGUGACCGGCCACGCAUGGUUAUGGCCGGCGAAAACCUGACGAAAGGCAUGCACCUGCUCCUCCGCCGCUAUGAUGAACGGUACAAGCUCCAUCAGCGUCUUGAUGCGCCGGUGCUUAGCCCUCGUGCAUCGAAGACUUACUAUCCAUUGCAGGAUUUAGAAAGCAAGCAACUGUUGUUUGAUUUCUUGUCCACGAAUAACUUCCAAAUGGUGUAUGAACGCUAUGCAGCAAGUGUGGUUUAUAGUCUCGCAUACGGAAUCCGCUUACAUACCGGCACCGAGCCGAUGCUGAAGCAUGCACACCAGGUACAGGAAAACUUUGCAUAUGCAGGCCGCGUAGGCACGUGGAUUGUAGAUGCGCUUCCGUUCCUUAACCACUUGCCAUCCAGAUUGGCCCCGUGGAAAAAGACAGCCGAAAAGUUCUACCAGAUUGAGAGGGCACUGCAUGUGGGCAACAUGCAGACUGCACUUGCUAACAAGGGUUGGAACUGGACUAAGGAGUUCUUCAAAUCCAAAGAGGCGGCUCAGAUGUCAGACAUUGAAUUGGCUUAUAAUCUGGGCAUUUUGGCUGAUGCCGGCCUUGACACUACCUCCGUGCAGAUGCGUAUGUUCACCCUAGCCGCUCUUUCAUAUCCAGAGUUCGUCACAAAGGCCCAGAAAGAACUGGAUGCAGUUGUUGGACCGGACCGACUUCCUACCCUAGAGGACGAGCCAAACCUUCCUUAUGUUGUUGCAGUGGUAAAGGAGAGUCUCCGAUGGCGUUCCAUUGCCCCAGGAGGUGUUCCGCAUGCCACACUAGAAGAAGACGAGUAUUUGGGCUAUCGUAUUCCAAAGGGUGCUACAAUAAUUGGCCUUUUCUGGGCCAUGGCCCUCGAUGAGAACACGUUUGAUCGGCCGCUUGAAUUCCUUCCUGAACGAUGGCUGGAGAAGCCAGAGGAUGGGAAAGAUCGGUUUGCAAACUUUUUUGGAUAUGGGCGUCGCAUUUGCACUGGUAGACAUAUUGCCAAAAACUCGCUUUUCUUACUCAUUGCACGCAUCCUCUGGGGGUUUAAUAUACGCCACGCUGUCGACAAGGAUGGCAAAACCAAGGAAGUCAAUGACAUGGAUAUGACUUCGGGAUUCGUCUCCUCGCCCUUCCCAUUUGAGGCAAUCUUCGAGCCACGCAGUAUGCAGAGUAAGGAAGUCAUUGAGAAUAACUGGCACAAAACGGAGAAGGAUGUCGAUGUGAUUAUGAAUUCGAUCAGAGAUAAACAGAUUUCGAUGGGCUUGAAUGUUCGUGCUUGA